AGUUUGCAUGGUUUUGGCCUUACUGCUCGAUCACGCUGCUUCUUUUGAGGUUGAACUCUCUCUCUCUGUGCUUUCUAAUGGUGAGGAGGAAGCCCAGCAUGGGGCGGCAGAAGAUAGAGAUCAAGAGGAUACAGAACGAGGAGGCGCGACAAGUGUGCUUCUCUAAGCGCCGUAGUGGGCUCUUCAAAAAGGCCAGCGAGCUGACCAUCCUCUGUGGCGCGGAGCUGGGGGUCGUCGUGUUCUCCCCCGCCGGCAAGGUCUUCUCCUUCGGCCACCCCACCGUCGACGCCGUCGUCGACCGCUUCUUCGCCGGCCACCCGCACCCGCAGGCGGCCGAGUCCCGCCGCGAGGCGGCCGUCUGCGAGCUCAACCGCCGGUGCAUGGAGCUGCACGACCUGGCCGAGGCCGAGAAGAAGAAGCGCAACGCCCUCGAGAAGGCCAUGAAGAAGGUGCAGGCGGCGGAGCAGCUCUACUGGGACGCCGACGUCGAGAGCCUCGACAUGGAGGAGCUGCAGGAAUUCGAGAGGCGGCUGGUGGAGCUGCGGAACAACGUGGCGAGGAGGGCCGACCAGCUCCUACAACAGUCCUUCGUUCCCAAGCAGCAGUUCCCCGAUGACGCCGUCGCCAUGCAGGGGGCUCUCGCCGUCAAGAACGAAGGCGACAUGCGUCCUUCUCCUCUUGCCGGCAUAUUCGGCUACGGCCAUGGGUUCUCUGGGUCGAUGUAGUUGAUUCAUCUUCUUGAUGCUUUACGUGGUAGACUGCGUUAUCAUGGUCAAGGAAAAAUGCAUGUGUACUAUUCCCACAUAUACUGUAUCUCCUUGUUCUAAUUGCUUUGGUCUCUAUCCAACUAUGAAAUGCAAUAGUUGUAAACACAUACAUCUACAUCGUCUAGCAAUUAUAUCGGUCAUUCUAAUGAUCAUACAACAAUAACAAUUGGUCAUAAUAUCCCAGCUAGGCUUAAUAGUUGUCUACAAUUUCUGAUGAACACGCAAUGCUCUAUGAACUAAUCACCUCAUAAUAGUAUGUGAAAUAAACUGGCUAUUUAAGCUAGAAAUGAAGAUGUUUGUAUACAGCUUCUUUGAUUAGUCAAAGAAAUAUGUGUUUUAUGGUCCAAAAAUGAAACCAGCUGAAUAAUGACAACAACAAAAAAAACAAUAAAAAUAAUUGUUAUACUCUGGAUUAGAUGCAAAAGGGAUGUCAGAAAACUGUCCUUCUAUAGUAUACUUUGAAUCUUAAGCAUGAAUUGUCCUUCGAUUGUUACAUCUGCAUAUAAAAUAAUACAGAGCUCUAAAGGAGGACAGCUAUUUGCAUGAUCGAUAUCGACAAUUGAUUGCAUACCUUGACGGGUGAUCUCUCCUUUGCUGCAACGCCUGCUGUCAUUGCAAUCGAUAUGGACAAUUGGAUACAUACCUUUAAAAGAUCACCUCGAUGCAAUAAACCUGCCAUCGCCGCCUCUCUCUUUCUCCGGUUUAUCGAAUGGACUAAGCAAAGAGCGAUAUUGGCACGGCUCAAUCGGAUCAAGCUAUAUAUAUAGCUACACAAAUCGCAGUUGAUUUGAUUGAGCCGUACCAACAUCACACUCUCACCCAGCCUCAGCCUGUGGCGAGCGCAUCGCAGCCCCUCUUCCCUUCUUUCCGAAGCGGAGAAAUCGAGAUGAGGAAGAGGGAAGUGGGAAUGGAAGGAUAGAGGAGAGGGAAGAAGACAGAGGAGGAAGGUGUGGGAGAAGAGGGUGGAAUGGUUGAGACGUCGACGUCUUUCUUGAAGAUACAAGA